UGCGUCCACCAGAGCAGCACAGAGGAGGACAAAUGCAACGACUAUGAGGGUCUUUGUCUGCUAUGAGGGCUUCACUGAGCCUUUGGACGUCCCCCCUUAUCAGACUGUGAUGGCCUUGAAGCAGAUGGUGAAGAGCAACUUUCUUGUGCAGCUGUCUGAUAACCAGCAGGUCAGACAAUACUUGGAGCUAAGUUAUGGAGGCGCAGCGCUGCACGACAGCUGGGCUCUGAGUGAUGUGGCCAUCACAAGUGGCAGUGUCAUCCAAUGCUUCAUAAAGACUGAACAAAGGCCUGUGAUGUGCGUGUUUAAUACUGUGACAGGAGAAACUUCACCAAUAGAAGGAACUGAGUCUCUUCUUCAUACGUCUGUGGACAAACUGACGACCCUGAUAUCUGUUCAGUGUGGGAUACCAGUCAGCACGUUCAGGCUCAGAACACCUGCUAAUGUGCAACUCUAUGACUGCAACUGGCUGCAGGACUACGCCAUUAAAAUGGGCACCAUUCUCCGUUUGGACACGUGGGACGGGUGGGUGGAGUUCCUUCAAGGUUGCCUCCAAGGCCAUAGAUUAACAGUCCAAGGCCACCUAUCAGAGGAGAAGCCAGUAAUGAGAUUUCAGCUGCGGGUGGCACUGUACAUCGCUGCCUGGUCAGGCCACCUGGACCUGGCAGGCUGGUUGCUGGAAAGGGGGGUUCAUGCAGAGGAACCAGUGGGAGUUCAUCCAUACCGACAGUGGUGCCAACAAACUGCCCACCAGGACACCAGAAAGUGUCCCAUCCAUGCAGCUGCAGAGAGCGGUCAGCUCCUCAUUCUCAAACUAUUCGUCAACAACAACAUUCGGAGCUUGGCUUGUCGGGACCCUGAAGGUCGUGACCCUUUGAAAAUUGCCAUUCAGUGUGGUCACAGGGAAUGUGCAUGCUACAUAACCAGCAAGCUGUGCUCAGUAGUAUCUCUGCCAAAUGUGUCCCUACCCAUGCAUAUUUACCUCCAAAUAAAACGCUGGGUAAGUUCAGGGAAAGAGAGAGCUGCUUCCAAUCGAUGCCAUUACAACGGUGCUGCCUUUAAAGCCAGACUGGGGAAAACAUUGCUCAUAGAUGGCUUCAAUCAACCAAAGAUGUCCUCUAAAUCCUGGAAAGCUGAAAUCAAAUCAAGAAGAGGAAUCAAGGCUUUACCACCCAUCAGCAACUUACUUUCAAUAUCCCAUCUCCCUUCUAAAAGGGCAAAACCCCUAAUACCCAGCCAGCACUCUGCGAAAGAGAUGCAGGAAAAGCAAGCAAAUAUUGAGGGCAGAGGGGAUGGUGUAUUUGAUCAGAAAAAAGAAGGAAAUGACAGCCUUGGCAAGAGCAACUUUAAACUCCCUCCAGUCAACAGAGAAAAUGUUCCCAGGCUGGUGUUCGUUGGUGCAUCACCAAAAUCCUUCCAUAUUCCGGAUGCAUCUCUGGAGUCCUCGCACCAAUGUGGCCAGACGCUGAGAGAAAAUGCUGUGUACUGCUUGACUAUAGCCAGUACCUUCACAGAGAAGCCUUGGAUGAAGCAGCUGGACAUAGCAAGGACUCUGGUCAGGAAGCAUGUCCACACCAUGUUCUGAUGCUCAUGAAUCUGGGUGCUACAGACCACACAUCUGUGCGCCAUCAGCACGGCUGCAUGUGGAGCUCCAAUCAACUUCCUGAAACACUGUGGACGACAAAAAAUGCUUCAGAAUGACAACUGGGGAGCGUGUCUCAGGCUUAGUGUGCUAACUGAAAAUAAACCUACGUUUGUUUGUCUUGAUAUGCCAAACCAGAGAAAAAUAGACAGAAAUCAUUAAUAGCCAUGUUCAAAAAUUUGUUUGUGAAAGCAUUUUUUGUGAGACACUAGUCCAAGUUAGGACUAGCUUUGUGAAAUUACUUUCCUUGAGGUGAGACUAAGAUCAUAAAAACGUGCUGUAGCUUCUGCCCUCACUGUGACCAUGUGUGUGUGUUGCAAGUUUACAGCCAACUAACUUAAACCCACUUACAAUAAAGGUUAAAAAAACA